AUGGCGAAAGCAAAAAACCGAUUGAAGUUCAUGCUCAAUUGUCGAAGAUGCAAACUAGUUCCAAAUUGCCUAAACUAUAAGCUCAGUUUGAACCUGGUGAACCCUGUUUCCGUGGCCAAACUGAACAAGCUAGUCCACAAACAGAAAAUCAAACUGAUUAGUGUGACAAUCCAGGACACAAAAAGGACGCUCCAACGACUGAAGAAAACGAAGCAGUACCUGAAAAGGAAGGUCGAAGAAACUACGAGCGUCGAGGACUGGCAAUACGUGUUGCAAAUGGUGGAAAAAAGUGCAAGAAACACGUACACGAAGACGAAAACGGUAGAGACAAGAAAGCUGGAAGCGCUAAAGAUGGAGAAAGUUCGGAGUCAACAUCGGAAUCGCGAAUGGAUCGAAAACACAACAAUGGAAGAAUUACCGGACUUCGUGGAGAGAACCCUUCUUCUCGGUCCCAACUUCAACAUCCAAAACAGAAGAACGAUUCCGUACGUAAGGUUCGUGGCCGACGUCGAAACAGCGAUAAAGAGAAAACCCGAAGCAGAAGAAAUUAGAGGCGAAGUUUCAACGAUCAUGUCGAACUACGUCAACUACCAACGACAGCCAAAGACGAAGGAGAACGAGUGGAUACUCAAGGAGAUCAUAAGGACCCGAAAGUUCCUGAACGAGCAUCCCGAUCUGUACGUAACAAGGGCAGACAAAGGCAACAAAACCGUGGUAUUGUCUGCUACGGAAUAUCGUGAAAAAAUGGCGGAAAUGGUGAGUGACACGAACACGUACAAACCGUUGAACGAAAACCCUACGAACCGUACCUUGAAGAAACUCAACACGAUCAUCGAGGAAUGGUGGAAAGACGGUCACAUCGAGACACAAACAAAAAACAGACUCAAGGUUUAUAACUGUCACCCACCAAGAAUCUAUGGGCUGCCAAAAAUUCAUAAACCGAACAGACCUCUCCGCCCUGUAGUAUCAACCAUAGGAACUGCAACAUAUCGUGUGGCACAGUUCCUAGCGGAAAUCUUGGGAAACGUCGUGGGUAAAACGCAGUACCAUGUGCGCAACAGCUUCGAUUUUGCUAAUGAAAUUUCGCACGUGGUCGUCCCAGAUGGUUGCAUCAUGUACUCGCUGGACGUGGUAUCCCUCUACACCAACGUCCCGGUCGAAAAAGUAUACCAACUAGUGGAAGCAAAAUGGGAAGAAAUACAAGAGUACACCACAAUUCCAUGGGACAGCUUCAAACAUGCCAUGAAAACUGUCCUGGAAGCAUCGUUUUUCCAGUAUGACGGGAAAUUCUACUGCCAAACAACGGGGGUCCCCAUGGGAUCCCCCCUUUCUCCAGUAGUGGCGAACCUCAUCAUGGAGAAGGUAGAACAGGAGGCCAUAACACAACUAGAGGAGAAAAACAUCACCCUGUCCAUAUACAGACGGUACGUCGACGACUGCUUCAUUGUUGGGAAAAGAGAAGAUGUGGAGAAAGUGGUGGAGCAGUUCAACGUCAUCGACGAGAAGCUACAGUUCACCGUGGAGGAAGAAAUGGAUGAGGCACUUCGGUUCCUGGAUCUCACACUCUCGCGAAGUGGUGAGAGGAUUCGGAAAAUGUGGUUCCCGAAGCAGAAAGAUGGUCGCUAUCUAGACUACCACUCGGAGAGCCCGCAUACUCACAAGGUAAACACGAUGAUCGCACUCAUCGAUCGGGCACUCAAGCUCACGGACCCAGAUCGAAGGGAGGAAAGCAUUGGAAUGGUAAAAAAGAUUCUCCGCAACAACAACUACCCGGAGGAUCUCAUAAAACGUACGUUAACAGAUCGAGUCCAUCUACUCUACAACACGAUGGAGAACGAAAAGAAAAAAGAGGAAUCGAAAAAGUACGUGUCCAUCCCAUACAUCCCGGGUCUCAGUGAGAAGGUGAGCAAAACGCUGAAACAGCACGAAAUCACAGCUUCAUUCAAGCCAUGUGAUAAGGUGAAAAACACGGUUUUCACCAAGCUCAAAGAUGCCAUACCACCAAUGAAGCAAACAAAUGUGGUAUAUUCAAUUCCUUGUGGGGCGUGCGAGGAAAAAGAGUACAUUGGACAAACGUCACAAACUCUAGACAAGCGCAUUGCGCAACACCGAAACUCAAUACGCACCAAAGCAUCAGCUACGGGACUCACCCAACACGCGGUCGAAAACGGUCAUCACUUUGACUUCUCCAGAACUCGCAUUCUGGAGAGAAUCGACAACUACGCGAGUAGGCUAACAGCCGAGGUGAUCCACAUAAAAGUAAAGAAAGACACGACG